CAGAGCUCGGCUGAGGAUUGGCUGUUCCUGUGCUGGGGAGCGCUUUCUCCGGGGAGCAGCGGCUGUGACCAAGGUGGCCGGCCCCGGGUAGCCAGCGUCACGUCUGAGCCCCUGGGUCCGACUUGUGCUGGGGAUGUCGCCUUGUGAUCUCGGCCAGGAUACCCCUUCCCAAGCUCUCAUCCUGUCGGUGAACGCCGCCUAGUCCUUGCGAACGCCUUCGCGGCAGAAGCAAGCCCAGAGCUGCGCCCGCCCUUUCGAAAGGCCGGGUAGGGGUAGGGGCUGGUAGGUGCAUCUUAGCCUGCCCCAUCCCGAUUUGAGGUCUGUCGGCGGAGCCCUUCCUCGUGAGCACGCAGGAUGGGCACCCCAGCCUCUGUGGUGAGCGAGCCGCUCCCCUGGCAGGCCCCGACUGAGGCCCGGGGCCGCAAGCAGGCGUCAGCCAACAUCUUCCAGGACGCCGAGCUGCUGCAGAUCCAGAGCCUGUUUCAGCGCAGCGGGGACCAGCUGGCCGAGGAACGGGCACAGAUCAUCUGGGAGUGUGCGGGGGACCCUCGUAUGGCAGAGGCCUUGAGGAGGCUGCGCAGGAAGAGGCCCCCGAGGCUGAAACCCCUGGGCCACUCGCUACACCACUGCAGCCGGCUCAGAAUCCCAGAGCCCCGUGAUCCACUGGCCGACCCACAGAGCAGUGCUUCCAGCGAUCAGUAUCUGAACACUAGAAGGACAAGUGCCAGGAUUCGUCGGAAUUGGAGGAAGCCAGGCCCCACAAGCUACCUCCAUCAGAUCAGACACUGAUCCAGGGAAGGGGCUGGGAACAGCAGUAUCUUCCCCUGGAAUCAUAGGGACUUUUGCCAAAGGGCCCGGGAAGGUGAAGGAGGAAGAGAGACUUGAGGGGGACAGCCCCACACGCUGCUGCUGGCCUGCCCAAUUCAGAACAGGACUGGAGGUGUCCACUGAGCUCUACAUUGGGUGUGACCCUUUCUCACCAGGAAAAACGUCGACUGUUCUUGCCUUGACCCUUCCCCAUCUAACACUAUACUUGGACUGCAUGACGUUCCCCCAGGAGUCAAGUGACGGGCUCUCACACUAAGCAUCUCGCCACUCCUGCUACUAACCUUCCUGCUACAAUGACUGAUGGUCUGGCAGCCUGUCCUAUACCCCUGCCCUUGUCAGGUCACACAAGAAAACUGGUUUAAGUGGCAAAAUAAAAACAUUUGCAUCAAGAA